GCGAGGCGUUGUAGGCCUCCUGCUCCAUCCGCUCGUAUUCCUCCUCCCGCUGGCGGGCGCGCCGGGCGUCAUCCUCCACGCGGCGACGCUCUUGCUCCGCCAUCUCCUUCAUGCGCUCCAGUUGCUGCUGUUGCUGCUGCUCCGCCACCGAGCGAUCCGCGUCGGGUCUGCCGUGGGGGUUGACGGGGGAGGAGUUGAGCCCCCGACCGGGCAUGCCAGUGUCCAGACGCUGGGCGGGGCCUGGCGGCGGGGGUCGCGGCGGGGCGAUGGAGCUGCCCACGGAGCCAUUGUUGCCGAAGGGCUUCGACUGCUGCGGGCCGGAGGACAUGCCCGAGUAGUACUCGGGGUUCUGUUCGCGCAUCUUGAUGUCGGAGUAGAACUCGAGGACCUCGAUGACGGCCUGGGGGUUCUUCUUGUAGUCCUCCUUGGUGAUGGCCGACGAGGUCAGGAGCUUCUCCCACUCGGGCGGCAGGCCCACGAAGGCUCCCGUGUGCGGAUCGAAGCCGACAUGAACGCGAUGGCUGAAGUUGGUGGGGUUACUCACGCCGCCCAUGCCCGGGCAGCGCUCGUAGAUCUUGUCGAUCCAGUCAUAGAUCUCGUCGUCGGUCUUGACCUCACAGGUGAUGCUCUUCGUGGGCACAUCGCGGGACAGGACGGCGGCCUUGGCCCCGGCGUCUUUGGGAUUGGCCAAGCGGAUGAUCUCGAACGCCAUGCGGGUAUCUUCCGACCGCGAGACGCCGGUGACGGUGGAGAGCGGGAUGGAGAGAACGACCUUGCCGGUCUCAUUUUUGGAAAAAUCCAGGCGGAAUUCGCGCAGGGUCAGAAAUCGCUGGUUCCACGUGGCGAGAAACUUGUCUUCCUUGCACCGGACGAAGCCCUCCUUGACGACCGAGAGGCUGCCCUGGCUGGACUGGUUGGUUUUGACCUGAGCGAGCGAGGGGGAGCUAGUAUUGGGGAACAGGGACAGGUUCGCGGACCCCGGGGUCGAGGGUGAAUUGAGACUCAUUUGGCUGAAUGAGGUGGCGGCACCGGAGGGGUUUGGGGCCAGGUUGAGCUUGGGACGUUCGGCGGGCGGGCGAGGGGCUGGCCCAGGGUUCAUGAACUGAUCGGGGGAAUACAUCCUGCGAGGGAAAGACCGUUUAGGAACAUGGAGGGAUGCACACGCGGAAUGCAAGACUACGUGGAACCAGA